AUGCUUGGGCGAUGGAGAAGUGCCCUCCUCGGCCUGGCCACCGUAGCCUUGAUCGUCAGUGCAGAAGAGUCAAGUCCAGCUCCCGAAGCUUCCGAAGCCGCUGAAGCUGUAGAUAAGCGUGCUAUCGACAACGGUGGAAAUGGCGUGAAUGCUGAUGGGAAAUUCCAAUUAUACAUUGGCACGAUCGAUGGUGUCCGCCGGAUGCUAUUCAACGAGGUCGACGGCGGCCAAUCUCAAGUACCCACCGACGUCGGUGGACGAGGUCGGGAUUUCGACCAAUUUGGAGCGUACGAUGACAACACCAUCGUCGAUCCGAAUCAGGAAAAAGGUAUCUUCAUUCCCCGACCAUUCCGACCAAAGGAUGAACGGGAAGAGGCCACCACUACCACUACUACUACCACCCGGGCACCAACCACACGGAGGACCCUGCCAACAAGACGUCCCGUCACGACGAGAAGGCCUUUCCGUCCACUACCACCGCCAACCCUGCCCCCGGCGCCCGUCCAACCGCAGCAGCCAUUCAGGCCCCAGCCGCUGCCCCAGACACCUCUCCGACCACAGCAACCGCAGCCACCGAGGAAUCGUCGCCCUCCAGUUGGCCCUCCACAGACUGUCAACCUGCGACCGGCACAGCCGAUUCAGCCGUUUGCCCCGCAGCAGCCACAGCCGGCCUUCCGCCCGCAACCGACCUUCCAACCCCAGCCCCAGCAACCUCAACAGCCCUUCCAGCCCCAGCCUCAAUUCCAGAGGCCACCCCAGCAGAACUUCCAACAACAAAACUUCCAGCAGCCCCAGCCAACCUUCCAGCAGCCGCGCCCCAACUUCCAACAACCCCAGCAGCCCACCUUCCAGCAGCCACAGCCUACCUUCCAGCAGCCGCCGCAGCCCGUCAGGCCUCCACCCACCACUCCCGCUCCUCGACCACCAUUCGGCGGAGCUGCCGACCCGAGUCGGUCGCGAACUGGAGUGUGCGGGAACUCGAUUUUCUACAUCUCUACCCCGUUGUCUGGACCCUCUCGUCUCUCGUUCACCCACUUUGCCAUCGCCGUCACCGUCGACCAGUGCGCUCGUACUUGCCACGAGUUCAACUGUGCUAUUGCUCACUACAACCCGGUGAACGGCCACUGCGAGUUCAACCCGUCCACAGCGUUCGCCAUCCGAAAUGGCCAAUGCCCCGCGUGGCCGUCACUUCAUUACAGGAACAACGUCGUCGCCUCCGAAGCCGUCCGGAUCUUCUGCGUGACCUGCCAGCGGCCGAGGAGGAGAAUGAGCAAUGUUCGAGGAGGGGGGCGCUUCAACUUGAGGCAAGGUUCCAGGCGAUCCUCUGACCGUACGCAGCGAGGACGCCGUGAAGAGAACCUCGUCUCCUCUUCCUCCUCCCUGGCUUCAUCUUCUCGGGGAAUCCCGGUGAUCCACGGUGUCCUCGUCAAGCCGCAUACUUCGUCAAAGGCCAGCGGUCUGUCCACCUCAUCCUUUGUCGGGCUCACCUCUUUUGAGGAGCGCCAGGCGCGAGCUAGGGCGGCGAAAAACAUCGAGAUGGACUCGAUCGCGCUCGACAGUUUGGAGGGCGAGAUGGAGGAGGUCGAGCCGGCGUUGAGGGGAAAGGCUCGAGGAACUAGCAAC